GCAAUUCCUUUAAUCUCCCUUUUUGCUUCAGUAAAUACUGUUUUGUUUGUUGGAAUUGAUCGUUUGCUAAAUGUUAUUUUGCCAAUAAAAUAUCAUACAAUUAAUAAACCCAUUUAUUUUACAAUUAUUCUUUUUGGAAUCCUUGCUUAUCCAUUUUAUGCCGUUUCUUUGGCUAUUGAUGGAGUUUGGUCAAAUUACAAUCGUAAUUUGUAUUACAACUGAGCCCUAUAACUUUUAUUACUCAACUCAAUUACUUGAUACAGGCUUUUUUAUAAACUUGACUUCUUUUAUUUGUUAUUUGUUCGUUUGGUAUUUUGUUUCGAAAGCAAAUAAUGUUACAAGUACGUCGGACCUUACAUUAAUAUUCAUCUAA